AUGUCGUACAUCAUCGUAACGGGCCCCCGCGGCGGCAACACGGCGGGUGCCGACGCUCCCAACAGGCUUGACAUCAACGAUCUCGUGAAGAUCGAGGAUCAGUUCUCCCUCUACGUGCAAGCGAUCGCGCGCAUGUACGCCGAUGAUCAGAGCCAGCUGGUCUCCCACUUCCAGAUCGGCGGUAUCCAUGGCUUACCCUAUGUGGCCUGGGAUGGCUCCGGAGGCAAAGAGGGCAGCAACCCUGACGACCCGAACCAGUGGCGCGGAUACUGCACGCACGGCAUGGUCACCUUCCCUACCUGGCAUCGGCCCUACGUCGCGCUCUACGAGCAAACUCUCCAGUCCCACGCUAUUGAGAUUGCGAAGACCUACACGGAGGCCAACGGCGUCCGCGACCGGUUCAUGAAAGCCGCACAGAACUUGCGCGCACCGUUCUGGGACUGGGCUAGCUCGGCUGUUCCCCCGGCGGAAGUCAUCUCGCUCAAGCAACUCAACAUCAUCGGUCCUGACGGGAAGACGAAAUCUGUGAACAACCCGUUGCUCGGCUAUACCUUCCAUCCCAUCGACCCCAGCUUCCCUGAGCCCUACGCUGAGUGGAAGAUGACGUUGAGGCACCCGGUCCCGCAACAAGGCCCGAACGCGAAGAGCAACCCUCAGCAACUGAAGUCGACCAUGGAAUCAGAACAAGAGCAGAUCACGCAGAAGACCUACUUCAUGCUCACGCAGUUGCACACAUGGCCUGAGUUUAGCAACCACACUGCCAGUGAGGGCGCCUCUGCCAACAGUCUCGAGGCUAUCCACGACGGCAUCCAUGUUGAUGUUGGUGGUGCCGGACAGAUGUCAGACCCAUCGGUAGCAGGCUUCGAUCCCAUCUUCUUUAUGCACCACGCCAACGUCGAUCGCAUGCUUUCUCUCUGGCGCGCGCUCAACCCGGAUAAGUGGAUCACGCCGGGCAACGCCGAGGACGGUGGCUCCUGGACGAUCCCUGACAAUGCACAAGUCGACGCGAAUACCGACCUGACGCCUUUCUUGGCCCGCCAGAACGAUUACUGGGCCUCUUCUGCCACGACGUCGACGUCCGAGUUCGGUUACACAUACCCAGAGUUCAACGGCCUCAACAUGGGCAACCCCGACAGUGUUCAGACCGCCAUUGCCGACAAAGUUAACCAGCUCUACGGCGGCCUCGUCUUUGCUUCUAGCGCCAAAGGUGCGGCCGGCAUCCAGCCCUCGGACGCGCAAGCUACCUUUGCUGCUGCGUCGGUACCUGCCAGUGGCAAUGGUCAAGCACCGUCAGCCGAGGGCGGUGACGCUGACGGUAGUGCUCGUCAACUGCCCCCGUUGCCCAUCAACCCGCUGCAGCCCGGUGUCUCCAACAGCGCGGUGUACAGCUGGGUCGCACGUGUCCGUGUCAAGAAGUACGAGGUCGGGGCAUCGUUCUCGGUGCUCUUCUUCCUAGGCAAGUCGGCGGAGAUCCCGGAAGAUCCAUCAGCAUGGCGCUCCUCGCCAAUCUUCGUCGGUGGCCACCACGUCUUCGUGAAUACGGUUGCGGGCCACUGCGCGAACUGCCGCAAUCAGCGCGAGCUCGUCGUCGAAGGCUACGUCCAUCUUGACCGCGCCAUCGCGCGGGAUGGGUCGUCGCUGGGAUCAUUUGAACCGCGUGUCAUCGUGCCAUACUUGAAGGACAACCUCCAGUGGCGAGUACAGAAGAACCACGGGCCAGCCGUAGCGCUCGAUCAACUCCCUUCGCUGGAGAUCACCGUUGCUGCUACGCCUCUCACUCUCGAGGCGGGCGCGCAGUUCCCGACGCCGGGUGAAACUCACUUCUACCCCGAGAUCACGGCUGGUCGUCCGGGUGGCGCCCGCGAGAACUGA